AAAUGAGCAUAAAAACGCUAAAAUUCCAAACAUGCGGUUUAGUUCCUCAAAGUAAAUUCAACUAGUCAGACCAAAACCUGAAACCAAAGUGGACACACGUUGUCGCUGCUGUUGUCGUCGCUCUUGUCUUGUGUUUGGAACGCGCUUAAGAAAAAAAAAACUUCAGAAAAUAAAAUCGAAAAAAAACGACUAUAACUUAAAACAGGCUAAUAUCGUACAAAAAAUAAACACACACAAAAUGAUAAGCGAUUAACAUAAAACUACGUCAAGUGCCUUUUUUAGUUGUUGUAUCGUUACAUAGAAAGAGAUUUACAAAUACGGAAAAAACCGCACAGCCAACACAAAAUCCGAUAGAUUUUUUAAUUAAAAAAUCAAAAGUGAAUUUUAGUGUUUGGAAAAUCCAACAAAAAAAAAACAAGCAAGAGAAUAAAAAAUUAUAAAAAAGCAUAUAAAAGAAUUAUCAAAAAUAUGUUUAACCUAAAGUGGUGUCUUCUAGUGUAUCUCAUAAAAAUUUUAAUCUGGCAAAUAUGCCAGACACAUGGUGCCCCCAUAGAUUUGGAAACCAGUGCAAAGAAUGUUGGUUGGAAUGCCACAACUCCCUUAUCCUUAAACCUCGAUGAAACUUCUACCAGUGAUGAUGAACUUAUUGCCAUCAAUGAGGAUUUUGAAAAAGAGCUGACCACUACAAGGCCACUGGAAUUGGAAAAAUCCGAUACUUUGGCUAUAAAAAUUGAAGAAAAAAGUGCAAAUUCUACUAAAAAUACACAAAAUAAUGUUGAAAUUUUAAGCAGUGCUGCCAGUGAUUAUGAACUUAUUGCCAUCAAUGAGGAUUUUGAAAAAGAGCUGACCACUACAAGGCCACUGGAAUUGGAAAAAUCCGAUACUUUGGCUAUAAAAAUUGAAGAAAAAAGUGCAAAUUCUACUAAAAAUACACAAAAUAAUGUUGAAAUUUUAAGCGCUGCUGCCAGUGUAACGUUAAAUUCUACCCUGAACCCCUUUACAACCAAGGAAACAAGUGAUUUGUUUAAUUCCCAGAGUAAAACUGAAAAUGCCCAAAAUACCUCGGAACAAAAUAAUGUGGAAAUUUUCGGCCCUUUGGGCAACUUAACACAUCAGCCAUCUUUCAAAGCCAUAAAAAUAGAAGAAACAAGUGAUUUUUUAAAUUCCCAGAGCACAACUGAAAAUGCCCAAAAUACCUCGGAACCGAAUAUAGUCGAAAUUUCAAGUGAUGUUGAAAGUGCAACGUUGCAGUCAUUAUUAAAUGCAAUAAAUAUUCAGGGAACGAGUGAUUUUGUAAAUUCCCAGAGUGCAACUGAAAAUACCCAAAAUACCCAGGCACAAAAAAUAAUCGAAAUGUCAAGUGGUGUUGGAAGCGCAACGUUGCAACCAUUGUUAAAUGCAAUAAAUAUUCAAGAAACGAGGGAUUUUUCAAAUUCCCAAAAUACUUUGGAAAAAAAUAAUGUUGAAAUUAUCGGCUCUUUGGGAAACUUAACUCAUCAGCCAUCCUUCAAAACCAUUAAAAUCGAAGAAACGAGUGAUUUUUUAAAUUCCCAGAGUGCAACGCAAAAUACCCAAAAUACCUCGGGACAAAAAAUAAUCGAAAUUUCAAGUGGUGUUGGAAGUUCAACAAUGCAUCCAACCAUAAAUGCAAUACAAAUUGAAGAAACAGGUGAUUUUUCAAAUUCCCAGAGUGCAACUGAAAAUACCCAAAAUAUCCCGGAACAAAAUAAUGUGGAAAUUUUAAACACUUUUGACAAUCUUACACAUCAGUCACCUUUAAAUACCAUAAAAACAGAGCAAACUAGUGAUUUUUCAAAUUCCCAGAGUGCAACUGAAAAUCCCCAAAACACUUCGGAACAAAAUAUAGUGGAAAUUUCAAACAGUUUUGGAAGUGUAACGCUGCAACCAUUCAUAAAUGCAAUAAAAAUUGAAGAAACAAGUGAUUUUCUAAAUUCCCAGAGUGCAACUGAAAAUACCCAAAAUACCCCAGAAGAAAGUAAAGUGGAAAUUUCAAAUGGAGUUGGAAGUUCAACGUUGCAACCAACCAUACAUGCCAUAAAAAUUGAAGAAACAGCUGAUUUUUCUAAUUCCCAGAGUGCAACUGAAAAUACCCAAAAUACCUUUGAAAAUACUACACAUCAGUCACUUUUAAAUACCAUAAAAACAGAGGAAACUAGUGAUUUUUCAAAAUCCCAGAGAGCAACUGAAAAUACCCAAAAUACCCAUGAACAAAAUAAUGUGGAAAUUUUAAAUGGCUUUGCAAGUGUAACGCUGCAACCAUCUUUAAACGCAAUAAAAAUUCAAGAAACAAGUGAAUCUUCCAAUUCCCGGAGUCGAAUCGAAAAUGUCCAAAAUACCUCGGAACAAAAUAAUGUCAAAAUUUUAGGCUCCUAUGGAAAUGUAACUCCUGAGUCACCCUCAGAUACCACAAAAGCAGAAGAAACAAAUGAUUUUGCAAAUUCCCAAAAUGCAACUGAAAAUCCCCAAAACACCUCGGAACAGAAUACCAUCGAAAAUUCAAACGGUUUUGUAAGUGUUACACUGCAGCCAUCCGUAAAUUCAAUUCAAAUUGAAGGAACAGGUGAUUUUUUGAAUUCCCAUAGUACUACCGAAAUUGCCCAAAAUAAUAUGGAAAUUUUAAAUGGUGUUGGAAGUGUUACACCGCCAUCAUCCUUAAAUCCUCUUAUGUCACAAGAAGCAAGUGCGUUUUCAAAUUCCCAGAGUACAACUGAAAAUGCCCAAAACACCUACGAACAAAAUAAUGUGGAAAGCUCCAAUGGUGUUGGAAGUGUUAAACUGCAAUCAACCUCAAAUGUUAUAAAAAUUGAAGAAACGAGCGAUAUUUCAAAUUCCCAGAGUACAACUGAAAAUACCCAAAAUUUCUCGGAACAAAAUAAUAUUGAAAUGUUAGGCUCUUUUGAUAAUUUUACUCAUCAGCCAUCCUUAAAUGGCAUAAAAAUAGAAAAAACAAGCAAUUUUGCAAAUUCCCAGAUGGCAACUGAAAAUACCCAAAAUACCUCGGAAGAAAAUACAACCGAAGUUUCAGAGGGUAUUGACAGUGUUUCACUGCAACCAACCCAAAACUCAAUGAAAAUCGAAGAAACAAGUGCAUUUUCAAAUUCCCAGAGUGCAACUGAAAAUCCCCAAAAUACCUCGGAACAAAACAAUGUCGAAAUUUUAGGCUCCCUUGAAAAUUUAGCUCAUCAGCCACCUUUAAAUGCCAUAAAAACAGAAGAAACAAGUGAAUUUUUAAAUUCCCAGAGUACCACUGAAAACACCCAACACAUAUCGGAACAAAAUACCAUCGAAAUUUCAAGCGGUUUGGAAAAUGCAACUCUACAGCCAUCUUUAAAUCCAUUACAAACAAAAGAAACAGGUGAUUCAUCCAAUUCCCAGAGUUUAAACGAAAAUACCCAAAAUACCUCCGAACAAAAUACCAUCGAAAUUUUAAACGCUUUUGAAAAUGGAGCAUUUCAAUCGUUUAAUGCUCCCUCUAUAACAGCAGAAGCAAGUGAGCUUUCACAUUCCCAGAGUUUACAUGAAAAUAUCCGAAAUACCUCGGAACAAAAUACCAACGAAACUUCAUAUAUUUUGGGCAGCGCAACUCCACAACAAUCCUCAACUUCAUUAAAAACAGAAGAAACAACUGACUUUUCAGAUUCCCACAUUACAACAGAAAAUGCUCAUAAUUCCCCGAGACAUCAUAAAGUAGACACUAGUGAGAAAACUAUUGAAAAUAUAUCUCUACAAAUAACUGCGAAAAACGCAAAUGGUUUAGGGGCUAACAUUGAAGCUCUUCCCGAAAAUCUUAAUCCACAAAAUAUUCAGUCGACUCUUGAAGCCACUAUAAGAGAGCCACUUAAGGAAAAUUCCUCAGCAACAACAGAAAGCGGGGAAGAAACACACCAAAGUGACCCUAUCAACCAAAUGACGACAACAGACGUUACAACUUUAGAAAGCGCCAGUAUGUCUACAGAGGUGCCCAUAUUGCAAAAAACUUCAGAGACCACGAAGGCUAAAUCUCACAGCGAAAAUCUCCAAAAUCCCAUAGAGUCAGACAACGGGGCAAACCAGCAAAACUUAAAUAACAUCAAUGAAAAUGCCGCAAAAGAUGUUGAAACAAAUUUGGAGGAGAAUUCCCAAAAUAAAAACGAAAAUCCCCAAAUGGGAGAAAACUCAUACAAAGAUUUUUCACAACAACAACAACAAUUACAUGAAAAUAAAGGUGAAGUAGAACUUGUAGGAAAUCCAAAUUUCCAAUUUGAAAACAAAAAUGAAAAUCUUAAAACUAAUUUAGACGAAAAUUUCAAUAUUGAAAUAGCCAAAGAACAAAGAGAAAACACCACCCAAAGCAGGGAUAUGAUAAAUUCCCUAACAGAAAAUCCUGAUUCCCAAAAUACCCAAACUUCAGAAAAUCCCAUUACAAAACAGGGUAUCACAGAGGAAAAUGUCGUGGAUAACCAAACAAAAAUUUCGGAAGCACCUUCCCCAUUGAACAUUAAACAGGAAUUUGAAAUAGCGCACUCUGAUGAAGGAAAGUCUCAACUCAUCGUAAAUGAAGAAGCAAUUAUAAGAGAAAUUACUCCACAGAUAAAUGGGGAGGAGCAGCCAAAGCAACUUAUCGUGGAGUCUUCUGGAACUACCUCGGAAAAUGUAAUCUCGACAAAGGAAACAACAGAAAAAUUGCUUGAAGACUCCCAAAUUACUACAGAAAACUCUGAGAUUGUCCAUCGUACACCAGAAAAUGACAAACUGCAACAAAUUGAAGAAGUUUCAAACAUCGCAAGGGUUGCAAAGGGUAAUGACGAAGUAGAAAUGGAAAUGCCCCAAAAUAUAGUGGGCGAAUUAAAAACCCUGGAAAACACAACAGAUGAAGGCAAUUUGAAUAUCGCAGUGUCUACAGAAGGUAUUCAAUAUGCUCUAAAUAAUAAUGGAACUGAAAAAACAGAUGACCUUGUUGAAGCUGAAAACCAAUACCAAAAUCCCACUCUGCCUAAUGAAGCUGCAACCUUUGGUAUUACUGAAGUUUUGAAAACAACCGAAAAUGAUGGAAACACAUCCUUUAAUCCCCAAACCUCUUCUAUGGAAGCUGUAAAGAACGAAAAUUCUAUGAUUUCUGAAGACACAACGAAUUUCCAGAUUUCCUCAGAAAAUCCUUACAUUUCAAACACCAUUUCCUCCAACCAUAUGACAACUCAAGAAAUCGAUACAAGUUCCCAUCACGGUUUCAUAUACAAUUUCAAUACUCAAAUGCCAACUGAGGAUUCACAAAACGCUGGAAUUUAUAUGUUAAUGGAAAUGCCAGUUAAUACAGAAGCAAGAGAAGGUAGUCAUAUGAAGUCAGAACAGCAAAAUGUUAAAGAAUUUGUAACUCACCCAAUCAAUGCGGAAGUUCAAGAAAAUCCCCAAAGUGUCAAUAUAAUGAACAAAAACACUCAAACCGAAACCCUGGAAAAACUUAAACAAUUGCAAUUUGAACAUAAUGAGAACAUGCAAGCCACUACCUUAUUACCAGAUGCUAACGAUGCAUCAACAACUAGUGAACAGAACCCGGAGUCUUACACUGAACAACCUAAAGUAAUAGAAAUCACUUCCAACAAUCAACAAAUCACUGUGUCUGACAAUGUCCACAAAGAAAAUCCAAAGACUAGCCAAGAAAAUGCAGAAUCCACCACUAUAAACUUCCUAGAACUUGAAGAUCAAUCAACCACCAUGAAGCCCUCAGUCAGCACCGGACGUAAUCUUGUCAGUGAAGAACAAACAGUUACACCCACAACAAAUGUUGUCGAAAAUCCCACCACCCAUCAUCAAUUUGCCAGCCUUUUGGCAGAAACGGAAAUGAAUGUGCACAAAGCAUUUGAGACUCUAAGAGAAUGGAUAGCUAAUGGCCAAAAAUUAGAAGAUUUUACAAAAAAUCCAAAUUCAAAUGAAGAAAUAAACUAUACCACAAAUAAUCCUUCCACCAACGAUAUGGCAACGACUACAGAUACUGCCGAGAAAAAUCAACAGUUUAUUGGUGGUGAAUCAACAACAUUGAAUAAUGCCGAUACAACAACAUACAACGAAAUGACAACCAUGAAGGAUAAGCCCGAAAAAUAUCAACAAAAUAUGGGUGAAGGAUCAACAGUUAUAAGCAGCAGCAGCCUUACAACAUUAACAGACCAUGAGGAGAACCAUCAAUAUUUGGUUAACCCUGGAUCAGCAACUCAUAGUUAUGUCCAAACUACAACAAAUAAUGUGUUAACGACAUCAGAUCAACAACAGAAUGGUCAUACAACAACAAACAAUGUGGUAUCGACAACAGAUAAUUAUGGUAAAGUUCUUAUCUCUGGAUCCACAAGUCUCAGUAACGACAAUAUUACAACGAAAGAUACCACAACUCCAAUAUUUAAACCAGAAAAAUACCAACAUAAUGGAAAUGAAGAUUCUGUAACUUCACUACACAUUAGGGAAAACUCCUCUGCUAGUGAAAAGUAUGCUGAAGAAAUGAUGUUGACAACAACAUCCACAGAAAACAAAUCACAUGAGACAGGCAGCAAAGUUUAUGGUGAAACAACUACAUUUGGACAAUCCGGUAUGGAAACGACAACUCAAAGAGGUCAAGAAGAAACCACUGUAGAACACACCUUUGCCCGCGUCAAUUUAACGAAGGAUUAUACCGGAGUUAAUUUAAAACAUUUCGAUUCCAGUGAGGAGGAAAUGUCGGAAGAGAAGGAAGGCAAAAUGCAAUCCCGAAAUCAACUGGAAGGCCAAACCCAAGAGCAAAUCGAUAUGAUGGGUGGCAAUGAGCAGGCAACAAAGGAUCUUAGCAAAACUUCCGAAGUGGAGACAACAACCAUUCGAGAGAUGGUUAGUUUUGUACAGCACGAACCGGAGGAGGAAAGCCAAAAUGAGAGACACGAAAAGCAUUCAUUGCAUAUGGAAACAAAUCAGCAACAAACUGAAUCAUAUGCCAAGAAGCAGAACAAGGAUUCUCUAAAGGCUACUCCAAACAACGACUCCAAUAUACAGGCAACAGAUAGAACUAUAAUCAUUGCUACCACCUACACUAACAGCGAUACAGAUGCUAAUAUAUCGACUACACCAUCUGAAGCGGAAAUCUCAACGAUGAAAGACGAACUCACAACGACCCAAGAAAUCCUUACGACAACUACUACAGAUGACAACGAAGGCACAACCGAUUUUGCCACAGCGGCAAAGUUCACAGACGAUUUGAUGACAACUACCACAGAACAGCCGGAAAUGGAGACUACCACAGUGCUGGUGCUGGUGGAACCUGAACCGCGUUCCCUGGCACCACCCAAAUUAGAAUAUCUACAAAGUGAUGAAGGCGUGGAAGUCUUUUAUGGUUAUUCAAUAGUUAAGCAUAAUUAAUUUAUUUAUACCUAUUUUAAAUGUUUUGCUUCGCUGGUUCCUUGUUAGCCACAAUCAUAUGUCUUAUUCUUCUUCAUUUUGUCAUUUUGUCCUCCUCUACCUAGUUUUAGAGCUAUGUCAACUAUGUUCUCUUCUUUUGCUUCUUUUCUUUUACUCUGAUAAAAAAAAAACCCAUCAUACAAAAUUAUCGAAAACACCCAAAUUAAUGCCAUAAAAUUUAAAUAAUAUAACACACAUGUAUAUUUAAAAAAAAAUAAUAUUUUAAAUUAUUGUUAAGAAUGUGAUAAUGCUAAUGUAUCUGUGUAUACCCAAAUACAUAUAAAUAUCUAUAGAUGUAUGUCUGUCUGUCUGUCUGUCUGUUUGUCUGCAAGUGUUUGAAUCUGAAUGAGCACGAGAAUGAAACUGUUUCAAUAGGCGGGAAAACCUGUUCGAAUUGUAGAAUUUAAAGAAGUUUGUUUUUUUUUUUGUUCUUGGUUUAAAGAAUUUAUUGUUAAUGCUUGAAAAAUGUAAAAACAGAAAUGUUUAAUGCAAACGCAAAAUUAAAAAUACGAAACGAGUUUCUUUUUAGAAAGAAGGCGAAAAAAAUGAUCAAUUAAUAAAUCCACUGUAUAUAAAACAACUAUAA